AUCUGCCUUUUAGCGCCUAAAAUUGACUGUCGUCUGCAUUUAUAAAGUAGUAUUGUUCGAGAAAUCUCCGCUCCAGUUCAUGUUCAAAAACAACACACUGGUUAAGUCGCUUUACCCGUUAACUGCCUAUUUUGAAGAGAAAGAAUCUUUGUUUUAAAGAAAAAGAAAAACAUUUUAAAGGACUAAAUUCCGAAAUGGAUAGAAUUGGAUUUAUUUGUGUUACGUUGAUGUUUUUCUUUCCGCAAUGCAUGGCAUCCUCCGAGAGAUUUUUUAUGGAAGACGAAUGCGGGGAAUUGAUUGAUAUGGAAAAAAGAAAACUUGAAAGUAUUCGAGUUGAGAUGACGAAAUAUCAGCUGUACCAUAAUGCGCUGGACUGUGUAAUGCGACUUAGAGCUCCAAACGAGAAGCGUCUCGAAGUUAAGAUACUCAAAAACAACAUAGAGAGAAGUGAAAAUUGCAAUAAAGACUUCCUGCAAAUAUAUGACGGGCCGGAACUCAUAAAUGACGUCUUACCAGGAUUAGAUGUACGAGUGUGUUCUAGCUCUAACUUAAGAAGGAGUUAUGCUUCAACCACAGACCACAUAACUUUGAGGUUCAAAAGUGACCAAGAAGAGGCCUUAGAUGGAUUUCGAAUCCUAAUCACCGCUUUUCGAACAGAUCCUGAAGACAAAUGUAAUGAUAACGAAUUCCAGUGCAAGUCAAACAAGCGGUGUAUAUCUGACGAUCUCGUCUGCGACAGAUUCGAAGACUGCUCCGAUUCAAGUGACGAAUGCAGUCUCUCGACGCCCGUCAUCAUUGCAAUAGCUGUUGGUGGAGUUGUGGCAUUUCUUAUAGUCGUUGGCAUUCUAACGUGUGUAUGUUGCUUAAGACACAGGCGCGGUAGGACCGGAAGUACAAAGCGUCUGAACCAACAUGACCUUCAUGAUACAUCGGAUGAUACGGGAACUCACGUAGACGGACCGGAAAUAACGGAUAUUCACUACUAUCGGCCAUCAUCUCAUCACCAGGCAGUUCACAUCAUUCCUUCAGAUCAUUCAGCCUUCAUUGUAAAAGGACCUUACUAUUCACAAGGCAAACCGGAAGUUGCGGGGAACACGCGCCAUGUUUGGAUUACAGCGCCACCGGAAGUGACCUAUAUUUCCGCUUACAACUGAGAAAUGGAAAUAUUUCAAAAAUUAUACGGGUUUGAUGUUUAAGAAUAUUCCGGUGAAAGAGUGAUUUUAAUUCCUUGUUCAUAACUAUGAAAUAUGAUAUAUAUGAUAUGAAGUUAUAUGAAAAUCAAGUAGUGUACAUUAACUUACUUAUACACCUAACUACCGCCAGUUGAGGUCACAGUUACAUGUAGUUGGAGAUCUUAAAAGUGUAAUCGUCUCACAUAGAUACAAUAUGUAAUCUGUAACGCUUUAAUUUUCGGUUUUCGGAAGAAAGAGUAAACGCUGUACCCUACAGUGACAAUAAUUAUACCCUAGCAAACUGAAGUGAAGGUGUCAGAUGCUGGUGGGAAAAAUAUAUGGUGCUAUUUUGUGACGUUUUCUUUUAUACUUUCAGUUCUCUGAAACAGUGCAAAUAAAAUAAUAUUUAAAACACCACCUCUUCCAAACAGACAAAAAAAAACUGCACGAGGUUGAUAAUUUGUCUUUUGCAUUCGCAUGCGAUUCUGAGAAGUGAAUUUUUCUUCUUAGAUAUUUAACCCGUGUGCUAUUCAGAACUAAAAAUCUUCAGAUUUUUAUACAGAACAGACCAUUUUUAUUUUUUCUAAUUCCCUUCAUAUCAACUUAAUUUUUCCGAUAUUUCACCCCAAUUCGAAAAAAAAAAACAAAAACAA